AAAAUUGUACUGUCUGAGAAAACACCUUUUGACACUUGGGAAACAGAAAUGAAUACCUUAAUCUCGAGGAAACAACACAAGGAGGCGUUUGAAAGUGCCGAGCGUUUCUUUAAGGAGGCACCGAUGCAAAACGUCAUUAAUAAAUUUAAUGUACAGAAUUCGUACACCUUCAAGUUUCCCUGGAAUUCCGUUCCAUCCGAUUUCAAAAACCUCAACGAAGCCAUAUCCGAGUUCUUCAAUCGUUCCGACGUAGCUAAGGCCCUCCAUGUCGGCAGCAAAGCCUUCACACAGAACUCCAUGGAGUUGAAGAAUCGCCUAGUCCACAACAUAACCGAGUCUCACCUCUCUACUGUUGAAAAACUCCUUUCUCAGUAUCGAUUUCUCAUCUUAACCGGUAAGAAGGACUUGAGUUGCCCUCAUGAAUUCGUCGUCUCUUAUCUUUCGACGUUAUCCGGGGACGUCGGGGACGCGUAUCGAGAUACAAAAAGGCUUGAUUGGCGAGACGAAAAGGACGAAGUCAUUGGCAGCAUAGUGAAAGCGGGACGGCUCACUGAAAUGCUUCUCGAUAAUUCUGGACACUUGAUCUCCGUUGAUAACGAAAAAAACGUUGUCAGUGUCCUAGAGGCAUUCACCGAAGACUCGUUCGGAGUUAACGAGGAGAAACCAGUGUCCGUAGUAUCUUGCAUGAAAAAAGAAGGCCGUUUCUGUGCGCUUUACCGAAGCUUCGUCGCUCCAUCGAAGAUUUUCCCUUUCAACAGCUACGCUGGUUACAUAAACGUCAACGAAAAAUUCAAUUCCAAUUUGUUUUUUUGGUACGUCGUCGCUAAGGAGAAGCCGCAUACUGCUCCAGUAAUCCUGUGCCUCCACGGUGUAUUGGGAAGAAGUUCGUUGUUCAAAUUAUUCAAUGCCAAUGGUCCGGUAACCAUACGAGAUGGUUUUGUCGAGGAGAGUUUGUCGUCGUGGCACAAAACGAAUCACGUUAUUUACAUAGACAGUCCGAUUGGUGCCGGUUACAGUUACACGGAUUCCGAUGAGGGUUAUUCGACGAGCGAUGCUCAAGUCGCCGCCAACUUACGCGAAGCUUUGAUUCAACUUUUCAAACUCCAUCCACAGCUCCGGAAGAACGGUUUAUUCUUGGUCGGUGACAAUUACGCCGGUAAAUUCAUUCCAGCCCUCGGUCACUCGAUUCACUUGUACAACGAGAAGGCGAUAUCGUCGAGAAAAAUCAAUUUUAGAGGGAUGUUGAUCUCGAAUGGUUACGUAAAUCCGUUGAAACAACUCAACUAUACUACGCCUCUGUCGGAUGAUAUCAUCACUGACGAAUGCAAAUCCGAGUUUCUCACGAUGGAGAGAGAAGUCCACGAUUUGAUAAACAAGGAUAAACACUACGAGGCUUCCGAAGCCACCCUAAGAUUUCGCGAAAAAGGCGUCUGCGACUGGGGGAAAGAUCCCAUGCUUGAUUUUCCCUUCACCGCCCUUGGACCCAAGGAUGAGUCGGAAUACGAUAGAUUAAUCAAGUUCUUGAACCGGACGGACAUCCGUCGAAUCCUCCACGUCGGCAAUCGUGCCUUCGCAAAUUUUUCUCAACCAGUAUUCGAUCACCUCAAGAAUGACAUUACUCGGUCCCAGGCUGAAACACUCAAAGUACUCCUCAAUCAUUACCGAGUCCUCAUACUUUCUGGUCGGGCGGACUCCAUUUGUCCAUAUACGAACGUCCGAGGUUACCUUCGUGAAAUCAUUCCGGAUUUUCCGAAUUUCGCUGAUAUAAAAAUGACCGAGAAGUUUACAUCUAAAACCGAGUGCAAAUUAAAAAAAUUCGGCAAUCUCACGUUGCUGGAGCUAGACAGACUUGGAAAUUGGAUCUUUGAGAACAAUCAAGAUUUGAGUCCCGAAAUAUUGAAUGGUUUCGUCGCUGGAUCGCUGUAGGAAUAAACAACGACGGCCACUGCGUCCAAAAAAUCAAUAUUCGCUGUGGUAUCUUCAUCUUGUGAUUUUACUAUUCAAUAAUUAAUUAAUAGAAUCUAUGAACUUAUAAAAUUAUUACUUUUUGUCCGACUUUCAAGGGAAAUAAAAUUCUUUUUAUUUGUUA